UGAUUAGAUUAUAGAUAAUAGUUGGACCCCAUGUCUCACCACAUCUUCCUACUUCACCAUCUCACGACCCAGAACCUGCUGCUGUGAAUGAAUUCCAGAAAAAGUUGAAAUUAAACCUGAUGAAGAAGUUUGAGUGUUUGAAUGGAGUGAUAAUAAACCUGGGAAACCAAACACUCCUGAAUGAGAUCUACACAGAGCUCUACAUCACAGAGGGAGACAGUGGAGAAGUCAGUAAAGAACAUGAGGUGAGACAGAUCGAGGCAGCAGCCAGGAGAACAACAACAGAGGAAACACCAAUCAAAUGCAACGACAUCUUUAAGCCCUUAUCUGAACAAGACGAACCCAUCAGAACUGUGCUGACAAAGGGAGUCGCUGGCAUCGGAAAAACAGUCUCUGUGCAGAAGUUCAUUCUGGACUGGGCUGAAGGGAAAGCAAAUCAGGACAUCCACCUCAUAUUUCCACUUCCUUUCAGAGAGCUGAAUCUGAUGAAGGACCAGAAACUGAGUCUGAUGGAGCUCCUUCAUGUCUGUUUUAAUGAAACAAAAGAAACAGAAAUGUCCAGUUUGGAAAAGGUUCUGUUCAUUUUUGACGGAUUGGACGAGUGUCGUUUUCCUCUAGAUUUCCAGAACACAGUGAGAGUGUGUGAUGUAACUGAAUCAGCAUCAGUGCAUGUGCUGCUGAUAAACCUGAUCAAAGGGAAUCUGCUUCCCUCUGCUCUCAUCUGGAUCACCUCUCGACCAGCAGCAGCUGAUCAAAUCCCCUCUGAGUGUGUCCAUCGAGUCACAGAGGUACGAGGGUUCAAUGACCCACAGAAGGAGGAGUACUUCAGGAAGAGAAUCAGUGAUCAGAGCCUGGCCAAUAACAUCAUCACACACCUGAAGUCAUUAAGAAGCCUCUACAUCAUGUGCCACAUCCCAGUCUUCUGCUGGAUUUCAGCCACUGUUCUAGAGAGAAUGUUGGGUGAAGCAGAGAGUGGAGAGAUCCCCAAGACUCUGACUCAAAUGUACACACACUUCCUCAUCAUUCAGACAAACAUCAUAGGAGAAAAGUACUCAAAGAAGCAGGAGAGUGAUGAAGAAAUGCUUCUUAAACUGGGAAAACUGGCUUUUCAGCAGCUGAUGAAAGGCAACCUGAUCUUCUAUGAGGAAGACCUGAGAGAGUGUGGCAUUGAUGUGAGAGAAGCAGCAGUGUACUCAGGUGUGUGUACGCAGAUCUUCAGAGAGGAGUUUGGGCUUCACCAGAGUAAAGUGUACUGCUUUGUUCAUCUGAGCAUUCAGGAGCACCUCGCAGCUCUGUAUGUGCACCUGACAUUCAUGAUGGAAAAGAGAAACGUUCUUAUACAGCUUCAGGUCUCUAACUGGUGUACCUUAGAUUUACACAAGAGAGUUGAAAAAAUCUCACAUUUACACGAGAGUGCUGUAGAUCAGGCUUUAGAAAGUCAGACUGGACAUCUGGAUCUUUUCCUUCGCUUUCUUCUGGGUCUCUCACUGAAGUCCAAUCAGAAACUCUUACAGGACAUAGUAACACAGACAGGAAGUAGCUCCCAGAGCAUAGAGAAAACAGUUCAGUACAUUAAGGAGAAGAUCAGUGAAGAUCUUCCUACAGAGAAAUCCAUCAAUCUGUUCCACUGUCUGAAUGAACUGGGUGAUAAUUCUCUAGUGGAGGAAAUCCAACACUACCUGAAAUCUGGAAAACAAAGUGAACUCUCUUCUUCACAGUGGUCUGCUCUGGUGUUUGUGUUACUGACAUCAGCACAGGAUCCGGAAGAAUUUGACCUGAAUAAAUAUUUCAGUACAGAUAAGAUAACAGAAACUGUUCUUCUGAAGAUGAUGCCUGUGAUUGCAGCCUCCAGAAAAGCAAAAUUGUGUGAUUCACUUGGAGUGAGAAGUUGGUCAGUUCUGGUCUCAGCACUCAGCUCAGAAACCUCCAAUCUGAGAGAACUGCAUCUGACUGUGAAAAGACUGGCUGUGUAUAAGAAUAAACUAGGAGACUCAGAAGUGAACAGUCUCUGUACUGGACUGGAGAAUCCUCACUGUAAAGUGGAGACACUGGGGUUGGAGUGUUGUGGUGUCUCAGAUGAAGGCUAUGCUGCUCUGACUUCAGCUCUGAGAUCAAACCCCUCACACCUGAGACAACUGAAUCUGUCCUAUAAUAAACUAGGAGACUCAGGAGUGAAGAGUAUCUCUGCUGUACUGGAGAAUCCUCUCUGUAAACUGGAGAUACUGAGGUUGUGUAAGUGUGGUGUCUCAGAUGAAGGCUGUGCUGCUCUGACUUCAGCUCUAAGAUCAAAUCCCUCACACUUGAGACAACUGGAUCUGUCUGAGAAUAAUGUAGGAGACUCAGGAGUGAAGAGUCUCUCUGCUGUACUGGAGAAUCCUCACUGUAAACUGGAGAUACUGUGUUUGUGUAAGUGUGGUGUCUCAGAUGAAUGCUGUGUUGCUCUAACUUCAGCUCUGAGAUCAAACCCCUCACACCUGAGAGAACUGAAUCUGUCCUAUAAUAAUGUAGGAGACUCAGGAGUGAAGAAUCUCUCUGCUGUAUUGGAGAAUCCUCACUGUAAACUGGAGAUAUUGAGGUUAUAUAAGUGUGGUGUAUCAGAUGAAGGCUGUGCUGCUCUGACUUCAGCUCUGAGAUCAAACCCCUCACACAUGAGAGAACUGAAUCUGUCCUAUAAUAAUGUAGGAGACUCAGGAGUGAAGAGUCUCUCUGCUGUACUGGAGAAUCCUCUCUGUAAACUGGAGAUACUGAGGUUGCGUGAUUGUGGUGUCUCAGAUGAAGGCUGUGCUGCUCUGACUUCAGCUCUGAGAUCAAACCCCACACACCUGAGACAACUGAAUCUGUCCUAUAAUAAUGUAGGAGACUCAGGAGUGAAGAGUCUCUCUGCUGUACUGGAGAAUCCUCACUGUAAACUGGAGAUAUUGAGGUUGAGUAGUUGUGGUGUGUCAGAUGAAGGCUGUGCUGCUCUGACUUCAGCUCUGAGAUCAAACCCGUCACACCUGAGAGAACUGCAUCUAUCUGAUAAUAAAAUAGGAGACUCAGGAGUGAAGCUACUCUCUGCACUUAAGGAUGAUGAACAUUACAAACUACAGACACUGAAGAUUUGAUGAUCAUCUGUGGAUAGGAACAGUGAACAGGAAAUGUCCAAAUGUCCAGAAAAUGGACAGGAACAGUUUCAAGACAUUGGUGGAAUUCUCACCUGACAGGAUUGGCUUCUGAUCUAGUUUAAUGAGUAUUCAACAGGAAUUUUGGAGCAAAAUAAUUUUCAGCAUAAAUUGAUGUAACAACCAAAUAUAUUGUUACACUGGGUGUUUUUGUAGAGAAAAGUAAAAAAAUAUAAAUCACCCCAGCAUGCUGAGUCAACAUCAUAACUCAACCUUGCUGAGAUAAAACAGUCCAGACUGAGUCGGUCCACAUUGUACCCAGCGCUGGAUUUCAGAAUCGACCCAAACUGGGUUCUGUUUAACUCAGCAAUUUUAGUGUGGACCUUUUUGAGGAGACUCAACUGGGAAUGAGUGUAUAUGAGCACAAACACCUUUCUGUUGUGUAUCUUUUUACAUGCUUCCCUCUCACAUCUAUUUUAGGCAGGUCAGUAGUGGAAUAUUUUUUCAUGUGUACAUUGUAGACUGUUUUUUUGUCUAAUUGAGAGCGUACUUAAAUAAAAUGCCUUACCCAUCCUAAACUUUUCACCUUUUACAUUUACUUAUUAAAUUUUUUCACUAACUAGA